UGUGGUGGAAGGCAGUGCGCCGGGAAGUGGUUGUUCCAGGAGUCCGCGGAGAGAGUGAAGAGACCGUUAGCACGUCGAGUGCGAAACUCAAUAAUGAUACUAUGAAAUGAAAUACGUUGCGCUGAUAUUAGUGUGUUGUAUUUUAGUUUGUGCUCAGUGUGCUCCACUUUGUUAUUACGGGGCUUCAGAAAAUGUGGUAGUGCGAACUUCUCUCAGGUAGUGUCAACAGAAAAUGCCUAGGAUUAUUAAAGUAUUAUCGUGCAAGGACUCUAAAGUUAGUAAGAAAAAAAAAUGUUAGAGACGAUGUAAAAUGUUAAUAUCGUCUCAGUCGCCGUAGCCAGAGGGGAGCAGACAGAAAAAAAUAUGUCGUUUGGGACAGUCACGAAAUGCACCCUGGUGACGGCCGUGCUGCUCCUGUCUUUGCCGAACGCGACCGAAGCGUUUUCCCUCAACAAUUUCCUCUACGACGCAGCCUCCGCCUGGUUCUGGAGUGGCCCCGGGAGCCUCCUCAAAGCCGUCAGCGCCUACUUCGGCUUGGGUGGAGGUACGGUCAUCGUCUACGAUGCCUUGAACUACAAUUACUUUGGUGUCGGUCCCGCCAUCAGAGAAUGGCUGGGUGUGGCGGUGAAGGAGGGCGGCAGCGCCAUCGCCGAGAACUCCCUCUACCUGUUCGCGAAAAUCGUCGUCACGAUCCUUCGGGCCAUUGUCGAAGGAAUCGGAUGGCUGAUUUCGAGCAUCGCAAAUAUGGUAGGAAACAUAAUAUGGAGCUAUCUGCUGCUGCUCAUUCCUACGAUCACUCCUGGUAUAGCUAGUCUCGCCGGAUUUGCUGGCUUCACGGGUUUCGCCGGUUUUGGUGAUUUCCAGAAUAUUUUUGGGAAUAUCACCAACAGCUUCUCUGGCAUUCCUGGUAUCGUGGUGGUGGAUGGCGGCGUCGGCAUUCAAGCCGACCUGAACAAAAAUGAUCUCGAAGUCAAAAAUGCCUUUCCAAAGGUUACUAGUGACAAAGAAGGCGCCAAUACGAACAUUCGUUCGCUGGAACCAAAGGUCUCUAUGCUACGGGGGCGUAGGGACUCAGGGACGUCCUUUGACAGUGUGAGGGGGACCUUCAUCGCCGCUGCGUCUCAGGACCGCUUGCAGUGCCUUCCCCUUGUCCUGUGUGCCAUAUACGCUGACCCAGGGGAUUCCGUGAGCCCUCUUCAGUCGCAGUUCAAAAAGGAAUUCAGGCUUCUGUUCCCUAAGAAGAACACUCCGAUCUGGGCAUCGCCUUAUAUUACGGCAGCCGACUUGGGAGAGACAGUGAUUUCGGCUUCCGAAUGCCAAGCUCAAUACCCAUCUUGCCCAUUUUCUUCUGGGCAUCUCAAGCGCUUGAUAUUUAAGUAUUUGGAUGCCGAGUGGAGUCAAGGAAAGGUCAAUAGACUAUAAACUUUGACCUUAGCAGACGAUGUCACGCGACCUGUUGUGUGGCAAGUUCUGUAGUACCUACGUGUAUAUUCGGCUGAAAUCAUCCAGGGUGCCUUGAAGUGAUGCUGGAUUCAUCACCGAGCAUUUUGGGAUGUUUGUAUUGAUAGCAUUUAUUUAUUCAUAAUUUUUCAUUCCAUAUGUUUGCGUCUCUUCAAACUCUCGAGAGGAAAUCCUCUUCUUCCUCUGGGUCUCAGGAAGUGUGGAGUUUAUUCAGCUCAUUUUCAUCUGUGAUAAAAUGAUGCUUUCCGUAGAUAGUUGAACAAAUCCUCAAAAGCAUCAGUCUUUUACAGAUGCUUUUUAAGCACUGCUUUUCAUUUUAGGCGGUAGCAAUUGUCUUCCCUUUUCAUGCAUCAGUGUCCUAAAUCAAAACUACCUAAAAUCCUAUAUGUUAAAAUACUUUAAUGAAUAUUUGAAAGUGUUGUUGCAACUACAUGCCCUAUUUACAAAACUGACUGACCUCUUGAGGCGGUUUAACUUCCAAAUUACUGAAAACUAAAAAUUCUUCCAUCUGUAUAAUUGAAAGAUUGGAUUCAGUACAUACCUUAUAAUAUUAAAGUGUAUAAAACAAAUUUAAAAGAUCGUAUUUCUCUGAUAUGUCUAAUGAGUAUAUUUGGAACAGAUGUAAGUUUGUGAAGCUCGAAUAAAUGUCAAAGAUAAAGAAACAAGAUAUUGCUAAAAAGAGCAACAAGACUAUAUUGGUUAUAGCCUCAUCACUAUUUAGAUCUAAUCUCUUAGAAAUUGCAGCGUAUAAUUUAUUGAUAUAUUUCAGUCUUCAUAAAGUUAAGUAAAUUAGUGUUAAGUGCAGUUUUAUGUCUGAUUAUUUAUUUACAAAGUUAUUGUUAUGACAAUUAAAAGUUACCUUGUUACGUU